GCUAAAGAAUCGCAGUGACGGUUGCACGCGCGGAUUUUAAUUUCAAAUUCGAAUUUGUGUUAGUGUUGUGAUUGUGAUUUUUUGGAUUGGUUGUCGUGAAUAGGGUUGGCGCAGUUUUAAUUCACGUCCACCGGACCCGAUCUCCCUAACGUCUGAAGUCCUCAUCUGAUCAUCAUUCCACCUACGCUGCUUUAAGCACCAUGCCAGCCUACGACAACGCUGGCGCCACCAUCUCCCUUGAGGAUGUUCGGGACCCAGAGGCUGGAGUCGAAGACAUAUCCCAAAGAAGACGGAUCCAGUUCAAGAAUCAGAGGUCUACAGUAUCUUCUAGAAGGCAGCAGGCGGUGUGCGUCAGGAGGGCGUACAAGCGAUAUGGUUCGAAAAGCAAUCCGAACGUCAUUCUCGAUGGCCUGAAUAUGACCGUGCCUAAGGGGGCUAUAUACGGUCUCCUAGGCGCCUCAGGAUGCGGGAAGACCACCCUCCUCUCUUGCAUUGUCGGCCGCCGUCGGUUGAACUCUGGAGAAAUCUGGGUGCUUGGAGGCCGGCCUGGCAGCCGUGGCAGUGGAGUACCUGGGCCCAGAGUCGGGUACAUGCCUCAGGAAGUGGCGUUGUUCGGAGAGUUUUCCAUCAGGGAAACCAUGAUCUACUUCGGGUGGAUAGCUGGCAUGACAACGAGCGAGGUCGAUGAGAGGGUUGACUUCCUUUUAACCCUCCUGCAGCUACCGCAUCCUACAAAGCAAGUGAAGACCCUGUCAGGAGGUCAGAAGAGGAGGGUAUCCUUGGCCGCUGCCCUCAUUCAUGAGCCAGAGCUGGUGAUCCUGGACGAGCCUACUGCUGGAGUCGAUCCUGUACUGCGACAAAGCAUCUGGGACCAUUUAGUGGAUAUUACCAAAGGAGGCAGGACCACAGUGAUCAUCACGACUCAUUACAUUGACGAGACUAAGCAGGCUAAUAUUAUUGGUUUGAUGCGAGGAGGUCGUUUCCUUGCCGAAGAAGCUCCGAACGAGCUGCUCCGGCGCUACCAAGCUGAUAAUCUUGAGGAUGUCUUCCUGAAGCUAGCAGUUCUGCAGAACAGGGGCAAGAGGCGUCGCUCUAGUAUCCUGGAAGAUAUUGUGAAGAAGGUGGAACUUCCCUCAAUACCAGACCCAGCCGUGAUUGAUCUAGAAGACGACAUCGGUGAGAUCUCCGGCGAAUUCGGCGACAACGUCUCCAUGAGCAGCAAGGGCCGCGUAGUCGUGACUCCAGAUGUCGCCCCGCUAGAGGCGUUACCUCCAGAAGAUAACCCACCGAUUGGGUGCUUGGAGAGACUUAAACCGAUGAGGUGGAGGCACAUGAAAGCGUUGUUGUGGAAGAAUUUCUUGUCUCUGUUUAGAAAUUAUGCCCUCCUAGCCUUCAUCGUCGUUCUCCCUCUCUCGCAAAUGGUACUCUUCUGCAUUGCCGUCGGUCACGAUCCUCAAGGCUUACCCAUGUGUGUGGUCAACCAUGAGCUUGGAGAGAACAACACUGAUACGCCGUGCGACUGGGAUAAAAAAUGUCCACUAGAUCCUGAAACGUAUGAAUGGGAUUUGAAACGAUUCAGCUGCCAGUAUUUGGAGUUCUUCGCGCAACGUCAGCCUAAUCAAAUCUACUACCCAACAAAGGAAGCUGUGAUGGACGCAGCCUACCACGGCAAGUGCCGGGUGGCUCUGAUUUUCCAAGCCAACUUCUCGACCAGUCUGAUGGAUCGGCUCCGAGACCCGAGACACGCUACGGAACUCGACCUUUACAACUCCGAUAUUGAAGUGCAUUUGGAUGAUACAGAUAAGCAAGUGCAGUGGAUGUUGGCACGUGAUAUCCAGUUGGCAUUCGCCGAUGCCACCCAGAACCUGGCCAAGACCUGCCAGCUACCGACUAGGCUACUCUCCAUUCCUGUCUACAUUCACGAACCACCGGUGUACGGAAUCUCUGCGCCAGAAAUGACUGACUUCGCCGGACCUGGAGUUAUUUUAACAAUUGUGUUCUUCUUGGCCGUUGCCUUGACAACGAGCUCUAUGUUGGCUGAGAGGAACGAAGGCAUUUUGGAGAGGUCUCUGGUUUCCGGAAUCACAGGCACAGAGAUCCUUUUCUCGCACGUCUGCGUCCAGAUGUUCAUGAUGAUGACCCAAGCUGCCGUCGUGCUGUUCAUCGGCUUUGUAUUCUUCGACCUCACUAACAACGGACCUCUUGGCUGGAUCAUUCUUCUAACAGUACUCAACGGGUUCUGCGGAAUGACUUUCGGUUUCUUCGUGUCCUGUCUGUGUGACACCGAGAGAACCGCCACUUUCAUCGCCCUAGGGUCAUUCCUGCCUAUGAUGUUGCUAUGCGGCAUCGUAUGGCCUAUUGAAGGUAAGCCAUCAAUUGUAUGUCUUUCCCAUCACGGAACAAUGGUAUUCCGGACCUUUGGGAGGCGUGCGCGGGGCCGAAGCCAACAGCAAUGCCUAAAUAUUGACAAAACGCAGUUUGACUCACUUCCACCUGAGUAUACUAAAACAUGGAAGUGUCCGUGCUGUAUUAACAUAACCACCCGCCGCCUGAGGAGCCACCCGGACACACCAGUACGCGAACAUCAACUACCUGCGGGCAACCUGAGCCUGGACAUGUCUCUUGACUGCAGCAUGAGCGUUCCGAACACAGAUAUUACACAGAACAACAGCUUACUUAGGACGCCUCCAAAUAGUCUCAGAAAUAACACUGUGACAUUAGAUAGCAUCAGCACCUUAUUGGACCAAAAAAUCCAAACUUCCGUCUCGGUGCUUAUUGAGCAAAAACUAAAUAAUUCCUUCACGUCAUUCGUGAACACCAUUCGCAAUGCCAUUAAAGAAGACGUAAAGGCCAUGGUUCGUGAAGAAGUUCGGACCGCAGUGAUCGAGGUUGAAGCCAGAUUCACAGCAACUACCGAUUUCAUCUGUGCGGAGCAGAAAACAUACAGUGCUGAGAUCGCGGAUCAAAACGAUAAAAUCAAAUCCCUCGAGCAGGAAAAACUUAAACUACAGGCAAGCCUCCGCUCUGUAUCCACACGACUUUCUACUAUGGAAAAUAUCUCCCGAAAUUGCAACUUAGAAUUACAGGCCGUACCUGAGAAAAAGAAUGAAAAUGUAAUGCACUUGUUCAAGACUCUCUGCUCCACAAUCAACAUGUCGAUAGCCGACAGCAACAUCAUCGCUUGUCGCCGAGUUGCUAAGAUGGAUACCAAGUCAAAUAGACCACGAAAUAUUUUGGUAUCACUUUCGUCUCCGUUCAUAAGAGACUCGGUGCUGGCAAUGGUCAGCCGCUACAACAAGUCGGCGAGAAAUUCCACAGGGCCCGCGGAUCAGCUCCUCAAUAGUACGCACCUUGGAAUCACUGGUGAGAGCCAACGGGUUUAUGUAGUAGAACACCUGUCCCCAGAAUGUAAAAUGCUGUUUGCUGAAACCAGAAAAGCAGCGAAAUCCAAACAGUAUAAAAUUGUCUGGACCAGAUAUGGAAAAAUAUAUGUACGUAAAGACGAACAUUCGGACGCUAUUCACAUCAAGGACUCUAGUUGUUUAAAAAAACUGUAG